GUGGCAGCUUCGUUCCCUGUGCAUAGCCCGUUGCUGCUACCCGCCGCAGCUGCUGGAGCCGCUGCAACAACAGCAGCAGCAACUGCAGCAACUGCAGCAGCAUCGUCUAGUGAUGCUGCUGCUGUUCUUUUACUGUCUCCUCAUAGCGAGGUGUCUCUGCCUUCAGCAGCAGACAGCCCCGUAGCUUUUGAGUUGAAGAGGGCCCCCCUGGAGGAGGAGGCCCCUAGAGAAGCCAGCAGCAGCAGCAGCAGCAGCAGCAGCAACAGCAGCAGCAGAAGCAGCAGCAGCAACUGCAGCAGCAACAGAGGAGGCCUCUUUAGCUGGCUCACUCGAACCUUCUGGGGAGUUACGAACGACUAA